AUAUACAUUAUAUACAUAUUUUCUUUCUCUUCUUCUUUGUAUUAUUCUUUUUUUUUUAACUUAUUUUGUUACUAUAUAUACAUAUUUUUCUUUUAUUUAUUGAACAAAAAGUAACUUGUACUUAUAUAUACUUAUAUUAACAUGUCAGCUACUGCAGUACGUGUCGCUUUACGAGUUCGUCCUCUUACACAAAAAGAACAAUAUUCCAGUUGUACAGAAUGCAUUACUUUUAUACCAAAUCAACCACAAAUACUGAUUGGAAAAGAUCAUUCUUUUACAUAUGAUUAUAUAUUCGAUCCAAAAUCAUCACAAAAAUCUAUUUAUGAUUCAUCUGUUGUACCUCUUGUUGAAAAGUUUGUUGAUGGGUUCAAUGCCACCAUUCUUGCCUAUGGUCAAACAGGUUCAGGAAAGACAUUUAGUAUGGGAACUGCUCUUGAUGGAAAUUUACAUUCUGAACAACAAGGUAUUGUUCCAAGGUUCAUCAGUGACUUAUUUGAACGAAUGGAAUCCAAACAUCAAUCAUCAGAUGAUUAUCAAGUUUAUGUAUCCUUCUUAGAAUUAUAUAACGAAGAAUUUGUAGACUUAUUAAAUACUCAAGAUACUUCAAAUUUUGGCAACAAUCGAAGGCGUUCCCAAUCUGCCGGUUCCCUUCCAAAUACUGCAUGUGAAAUAUCUAUACGUGAAGACAUACAAGGCAAUAUAUAUUGGACUGGUGUUCGUGAAGAACCUUGCUCAGAUCCUGAUCAGUUACUUUCUCUAUUGGCUCGUGGUUCCCUUUGUCGUACUACUGGUUCUACCGAUAUGAACGCUGUAUCAUCCCGCUCGCAUGCUAUCUUUUCUGUCAUACUCAAACAACAAUUGGAUGAUGAUGAUCAACCUGACCAACAAGUUCCCUCCAAAAAAACUAUCAUUAGCAAAUUUCACUUUGUCGAUUUGGCUGGAUCUGAAAGGUUGAAACGAACUAAUGCUCAAGGUGACCGUGCACGUGAAGGUAUUGCUAUCAAUUCUGGUUUACUUGCCCUUGGUAAUGUCAUCAGUGCACUCGGUGAUGAAUCUAGAAAAUCUGCUCACGUGCCUUACCGUGAUUCCAAAUUGACUCGAUUAUUACAAGAUUCCCUUGGUGGCAACUCUCAAACAUUGAUGAUGGCUUGUGUCUCUCCUUCGGACUCUAAUUUUCCUGAAACUCUUAGUACUCUCAAAUAUGCCAAUCGUGCUCGCAAUAUCAAAAAUAAGGUCUCUAUUAAUCAAGAAUUUGCUGGUACAUCCGUAGAGGUCAAUCAACUUCGAUCAUUGGUGGGUCGACUUCGAAUGGAACUCAAUAAUCUACGUAGUGGAAAUAUGGGUGGUAUGAAUUCUACAUCUACUGGUACUGCUGAUAUUGGUGCCGUCCGUGCCUUACGUGAUGAAGUCAAUCGAUUACGAGGUCGUAUCCAACAAGUGUCUGAUGAACUACGUGAUACUGCUACCCAAAGGGAUACUCUUUUGAUUGAACGUGAUUUAGGUCAAUGGUCAUCCAAGGAUUGGCCUCGCCUCUGGGAAGAACUUGAACAACUUAGCAACAAUCAUCAAGAUACCAACAAACAAUCAUCAAUACCUUCUUCCAUGGAAAAAAAGAUGGAUUCCUCUUUUGGUGAUCAUGCUAAUCCUACAGCUGCAGUCCAGAUGGUUGUUCAAUAUCAAAGAACCAUUCAACAACUUCGCGAUGAAUUAAGUGAUACACAAGAUCGAUUGGCAUUUUUCGAAUCAACUCAAGCUCCUAUGAUGCAAGCAAUGGCUAUGGCUUCUAACUUGACUCCUUCUGCCUCCCUCUUCUCCAAUAAUCAAAAACAAAAUGGUCGUCAAUCACCUUCCGCCAUCCAUCGUCUAGCACCACAAAAACAAUCCUCUUAUCGAAGUCGACGUGGAACAGCAAGACGACGUGUGGUACGUCACAGUGGUAGUGCUUCCAAUCGUUCUCGUCGCUCAAAGGUACCUGCAACUCUCCAUAGACGAGCAUCCCCUAAUCCUGAAAGCUUCAAAAGUGUAGUACAACAACAACAACAAAAAAAGACAGCUGGAUCUGGUGAUUCAACCACUCGGUUUCAAGCUCCAUUACAACCCACCACUCUGGGUUUUGAAGAUGACAAUGAAGAUAUCGAACAAUGGCUCAAGGAUACCAUUGGACCUCUCAGUAAUGAUACUACCUCCGAUAUACGUACUGAAGUUCGUGAUUCCAUUCAAAAAGCAAGAUCCGAAAUUGAAAAAGGCCUUAAGGUGCUGGAAGAUAUCAAGCCACGUGAAAAUGCUCAAUUUGAUUGCGAUAUCUUGAAUGAUGAUGAAUUAUUUGAAAGAUUGAAAUCUGAUGAAAGUAAUCUUUACCUAGGUGAUCUUGAACAAGAACUUACUGAAGGAAUGUGGAAUGAUCAAAACUCAAGUUCUCAACUAACCAGUUCUUCAAAUGAUGAUGAUCUCAGUAUUCGCCAUAGCCGUUUAUCAUCUGUGGAAACUACCCUUAGUUCUGAUAGUGCUGUGGAUGACAAGGAAAUGGAAUCAUUCUCCAUCGACAACCCUCAGUUUGCCCGUAUGAUGGAUCAAAUUCAAGCAGAUAUUCGUGUUAAAGAAGAAUUGGUGACUCAACUAGAAAAAAGCGAAGUCGAGUAUGGUCAAUUACGAAAACGAUUCCAGACGAAGUUAUAUUCAUUACAUGAGGAAAUCAUCCAUCUCAAACGUGAACGUGAUUCGACAUAUGCAACAUUACAACAGCAAUUACAACAACAGCAACAUCAACUUCAGCAACAAAAUCGACGGUCAAGUCUUGGUGGCGCCAAUAAUAAUAAUAAUAACAAUGCUAGGGAACAUCAUCAACUCCAUGAAGUUCGGCAUGCUUAUGAAGUCAAGAUGAAGAAUCUUUUGAAUCAACUAUCUGAUCUUCGUCGAAAAUAUUCUCAAACCUCCAGUGCUAUCCAAUCCUCUCGAAAUCAAAAUGAAAGCAUGCUCCGUGCUCUUCGUGUCAAUGUGGAAAGUCUCAAGUUAGAAAAGCGACGGAUGGUGAAACGAAUGAAAGAUGAAGCUGAACGUGUCAAAGAACAAAUGAUGGCCCAUGAACGAGAAAUUCAACAGCUUCGACGAAAGCAAACUCGUCAUAAUGAAUGCAAGCAUCGACUAGAACGUGAAACCAAGCAACUACAAAGACUUCUCCAAAAGCGUACUGAUGAAUCAACUGUCACCAACGAACGUCUCAAGCAGUUGGUCUACAUCCUGAAGAAAGCUGUAUGUGAAGGUGGUAUUCUUGACGAAAAAUUGAUCACCAAGUGCUCUAGUUUUUUGAACCUUGGACAUUUGGCAACAUCCUCUUUAUCACGACAACAACAACGACGAUCAGGUUCAAAUAAUAAAAAGAAAUCAAGCUACAGUAAGAUUCCUUUGGAAGUACGUGCAUCAAAGAAAAAACAUCUUUUAGAUCAAGCUCUUUUACAAUUCAUUCAAGGAAAGCAAGCAAUUUUGGAAAUGAAGCAACUGAUGGUGAAACGAGAUGCCCUUGCUGGUGAAAAAUCUGAAAUCAUGUUAGAACGUGCUGAUCUUCUUCAAGGAAAUACUGAAGCGACGGAAACUUUAGAUAUUGCUGUACAACAAUGCAUGGAUGAACGAUUGGAAACGAUUGAUGCUGAAAUCAAUUAUAUCAACGCUCGCAUUUAUGGUCUACAAAAUGAUGCUGCCCAUGGUUUACUCCAAUAUGAUGAUCCAGCUCAUGGUGCUGAUGCCGACGAAGAUGAUGAUAUGAUGAUGGCCUUGGAAGAACAAUCAAUGACAAGUAGUUUGGCUCAACGAAUUGAAAAGCGAGUGACUUUUGCUGAUGAAGUCAUGGGACAUACAACAACAACAACAACAACGAAUGGCAAAAACUCAAAGACACAACAAGUAGACAACAAUAGUGGUUGGCAAGAUAUUGAUCAAUUGGAAGAAAAAUAUUCUCUUCCUCCUGGCACCGAUCCUGAUACUGCACAUGAUAUGGCUGUUCAACUCUUACAAUCCUUAACUAGUGAUGAAUCCAACAAGAUCAUGGAAGCUUUGAUUGAUGAUGUUGUAUCCCUCCGGUUAGGUGAAUAUGGUCGACAAACAACAGUAAGGCAAUUGGAAAAAACGGUACAAGAUCUACGAUGUACUCUAUUUGUCAUGCGAAAAGCUGCUAACACUAGUACGGCUGAAAAUGAAAAGAAAAUUCGAAAAUUGGAACAAGUACGACGUCUCUCUGUAUCAAGUUUAGGUGAUGGUUCUGUUUCAUCCGCCUCAUCGGUAAUCUUACCUCCAAGACGCAUUAGUGUGACCGAUCAUCAUUCGAAUAGUGAUGAUAACGACUCAGCUAUCGACCUACGUGUAGAAGAUCAGCAUUCUGGAACCAUAUUUGACAAGAUUUACAAUGAUGGUAUUCGUGGAGCCAUUAUGUCGCCUACUUGGAAUGAAUAUCAUAGUCGAGAAGGGAAAGAUGAUGAUGACCUCAAUUUGGAAACCACGAAUCAUCAACGCCACAACUCUAAUGAUAGUAUGGACAGCCCUAUAUUGAAACCUACCGCAACAAGUACUACAACUACCACUACAACAACCAGCGCAUCCAAUACAGCCGAUGGAUCAAGCACAGCAGGACCUAUGAGACCUUCGGUAUCACCAUUAACAAAACGACGUGAUUCAAUGUCAUCACCUGAACAAUUCCUCCAACAAAUGCUGCAGACCAACAUGAUCAACAACAACAAUGUAAAAGACAACACCCCACGUGGACCUGCCGAAUUUGUACGUUAUCACGCUGAACGUGAAUCAUCUACUUCGUCCAUAAAUAGUCGUCAUCUACGCCGAUCAUCACUUCAAUCUGACACGUUAUCAUGGUCAUCACAUGGUUCAUCCCAACAUCAUCAUCCUCCUCCUCCUCCUCAACAGCCACAACAUUAUCCUACUCCUCUUCAGUCCUAUUUUCCUCAACAACAAUCAUUACAACAACAAACCCCAACUAUGGCUUCAUCCAUCGCCAAUCGACGUCGAGCUCAUUCUUUACAACUGAAUCAAUAUCCAACCAAAACUGGUAGAAGACGAUCUUUAUUGCGUGAAUUGACUCUUGGUGUGAAUAUUCGUGAAGCUAACAGCCAUGGUCCAUCAUCAGCAGAUGUGAUGACUGGUGGAUGUCAUCAACCAUCACCAUUGCAACAGCAGUUCCGGUUUUCUACAACCCCUGAAGAACAACAACGUCAACAACAACAUCUACAACAACAGCAACAGCAACAACAAUCACUUAUUCCUGUACCAACUACUCAAUUUUCCAUACAACAACAAUAUCAACAACGACCUGCUUCUGCUUUUGCUAUGGCACCAAGAAACAAAUAUCAUCAUGUAUUGGAAGCACAAAAACCUCGAUCUCAGACACCUACUGUAGGUGGUGGUAUUUUUGAUAGGCUGGCAUCAACGCAUACUCGAGCUUCACAAGCCAAACGAUCCCCGUCUGUAACUGGUUAUCGACACUCUUCUGGUAGUUUUGAAGAAAUUCAACGACGUUGGGAAUAUGAACAAUCUGUACAAUAGGUAGUGAUAGGAAAAUUUUAUAGUUUAGUCUUUCUUUUUUUUUUUUUUGUUUAUUUACAUUCUAUACAUUUAUAUUCUUUUGAAAUAAAGUCCAUCCUUCCAUCAUAUCAUCUAUAAUUUUAUUUAUGAUUAGGUUAAAACAAUCAUAGGCGGCGACUUAAUCCACAGCAUGGAGAGAUUGCGAGGAUCAAUCCAAGAAAAGAACUGCAUGAAUCUAGAGCAUUUUUUCUUUCAAGUUCAUAAAUCAGCCAAUGAUACAAAGCGUUUUUAUUUGAACAUCAUGUCAAGACGCAUACUCAAGAACAAAAUCUAGUGAAU